AUGUCUAAAAAUGUCUUUAUUUUGGAUUUACAACGAGUAUCUAUUUUUAGUUAUAUUCAGAUUGCUUUAUAUAUUAUUUUAUUAAUUGAUAUUACCAUGUUAUACCUUUUGGAACGAACCGAAUCUGGACGAUAUGCUCCUAAUCAAGAAGAACAUUAUCCAAGUCGAUUACCUUCUACCCGCAUAGAAGAUUCUUUUUCAGAGUUAUCUGUUCUAGAUUCGCCACCUCUACCUUAUCCAGGUUUUGUGGAAAUAUCAAAUUUGUUUACAACAGCUCCAGAAGGUAUUUAA